AGCUGCUGGCACGGCGGCGGCCCGAGCAAGAUGGCGUUGCGGCCGGGAGCCGGAGCCAGCGGCGCGGCGGGGGCGGGCGCGGGGCCCGGCGGGACAGGCAGCUUUAUGUUUCCUGUUGCAGGUGGAAUGAGACCCCCUCAAGCAGGCCUGAUGCCAAUGCAGCAGCAAGGAUUUCCUAUGGUCCCUGUCAUGCAGCCCAAUAUGCAAGGCAUGAUGGGAAUGAAUUACAGCUCUCAAAUGUCCCAAGGACCCAUUGCAAUGCAGGCAGGAAUACCGAUGGGACCAAUGCCAGCCGCAGGCAUGCCUUUCCUGGGGCAGCCACCAUUCCUGGGCAUGCGUCCUCCAGGCCCACAGUACACUCCAGACAUGCAGAAGCAGUUUGCCGAAGACCAACAAAAACGAUUUGAACAGCAACAAAAACUCUUAGAGGAAGAAAGGAAAAGACGUCAGUUUGAAGAGCAAAAACAAAAGCUCAGACUUUUGAGUAGCGUGAAACCCAAGACUGGAGAGAAGAACAGAGACCACGCUUUGGAAGCCAUAAAAGGAAACUUAGAUGGAUUUUCCAGAGAUGCUAAGAUGCACCCCACUCCAGCAUCACACCCCAAGAAACCAGAUUGUCCCACAUCAUCUCAUUCUACCAAAACUGUCUCCCCAUCACCUGCCUUUCUUGACGAAGACGAAUUCAGUGACUUUAUGCGGGGGCCUGUUGAGGUUUCCGCUUGUGGGCCCUCUCCCAUGGCCCGGCCCUUUCAGUCUUUCCUUCCCACCACCCCACUCGGCCAGGUGCACACACAGAAGGCUGGAGCACAGCCUCUCCCUCCAGGUCAGGUUCCAGUGUCUUUUGCCUUACAUGGUGGCCCUGGGCAAAUCCCUUGUUUCUCUACUGCUUCAGCUUCACCCAGUGUGCAGAAAGCAGGCCCUUCCUUGGAAGAGAAGCUCCUAGUAUCUUGUGAUAUAAGUACAUCUGGGCAGGAACAAAUUAAAUUAAACACUCCUGAAGUUGGGCACAAAGCCGUAGUCCCAGGUUCCAGUAAGAGCGGUCCCGGUUUAAUGGCCCGUAAUGGGGGUGCUGUAGAUGGAUGUGUAAGUGGUCCCACCACUGCUGAGGCAGAAAAGACUUCAGACCAAAACCUGUCCAGUGGAGAGAGUGGUGUGGGUGUGUUCCCCUCUCAGGAUCCUGCUCAGCCCAGGAUGCCCCCUUGGAUUUACAAUGAGAGUCUGGUUCCAGAUGCUUAUAAGAAAAUUUUAGAGACGACAAUGACUCCAACUGGGAUAGAUACUGCUAAACUUUAUCCCAUUCUGAUGUCAUCUGGACUCCCCAGGGAAACACUCGGGCAGAUAUGGGCCUUAGCCAAUCGGACUACACCCGGCAAACUUACUAAGGAAGAGCUUUAUACUGUUCUCGCCAUGGUAGCAGUAACACAGAGGGGUGUUCCUGCCAUGAGCCCUGAUGCUUUGAACCAGUUCCCAGCAGCUCCCAUUCCUACGUUAAGCGGCUUUCCUAUGGCUCUGCCUACCCCAGUGAGCCAGCCGACUGCGAUGCCCUCUGUCCCUGCAGGCUCCAUGCCCCUCAGCCUUGGACAGCCCAUGAUGGGCAUUAACCUUGUUGGACCAGUGGGUGGAGCUGCAGCACCAGCUUCCAGUGGCUUCAUGCCAGCCUACCCCUCCAACCCGGUGGGAAAGACAGAAGAAGAUGACUUCCAAGAUUUUCAAGAUGCUUCCAAAUCAGGAUCCCUUGAUGAUUCUUUUACUGACUUCCAAGAGGUGCCUGCUUCCUCAAAAACAAGUAAUUCCCAGCACGGAAACAGUGCUCCUUCUCUGCUGAUACCACUUCCUGGAACUAAAGCCUCCACAGAUAAAUACUCGGUGUUUAAAGGAGUUUCUGCUGACAAGCCCUCUGAAAGCCCGGCUUCAUUUGGAGAGUCUGGUGACAAGUACAGUGCGUUCAGGGAACUUGAGCAAACCGCGGAGAGCAAGCCUCUAGGAGAGAACUUUGCCGAGUUCAGAUCCACAGGAAACGAUGACGGCUUCACCGACUUCAAGACCGCCGAUAGUGUGUCACCCCUAGAGCUACCGACAAAGGACACUUUCCCAGCAGCCUUUCCCUCUGGAGCUGCACAACAGAAACAGACACCAGUGAAAACCCCUCUGAACUUAGCAGACCUAGAUAUGUUCUCCUCAGUCAAUUGCAGUGGCGAGAAACUGGUGCCCUUUUCAGCUGCGUUUAGCACGUCAAAGUCAGUUUCCACCAGACCUCCGCCAGCCGGCUCUGUGGCAGCCCCAGCAGCACUGGCAUCCACUAAAACUUCUAGUUUGGUAGAUGAUUUUGGAGAGUUUAACCUCUUCGGGGAAUACUCGAAUCCUGCAUCUGUUGGGGAGCAGGACGACUUUGCAGAUUUCAUGGCUUUUGGUAACAGCUCUAUUUCAUCUGAGGCAAAAGCAGAGGACAAAUACGACAUCCUCAGAGAGGAAGUGAGUCCCAGCCCCUUGGCCAGCAGCGCAGUGGAGAGUGCACAGAAUCCACCUGCUGCAUCUUCCAAGUACGAUGUCUUCAAACAGCUCUCCCUAGAGGGAGCUGGGCUGGCCAUUGAGGAGUUCAAAGAGAACACUCCUUCUGCCAGGAGUGACGAUGACUUUGCUGACUUCCACUCCAGUAAGUUUUCAUCCACAAGCUCAGACAAAUCCCUGGGAGAGAAAGCGGUGGCUUUUAGACACGCCAAAGAAGACUCUGCCUCGGUGAAAUCAUUAGAUCUCCCUUCCAUCGGUGGCAGCAGCGUUGGCAAGGAGGACUCAGAAGAUGCGCUUUCUGUUCAGUUUGACAUGAAAUUGGCUGAUGUGGGAGGAGAUCUUAAGCAUGUCAUGUCUGAUAGCUCUUUGGAUUUGCCAACAGUUAGUGGCCAACAUCCUCCUGCCGCAGCAGGAAAUGGGUCCUUCUCAGCCACCUCAGUUCUUCAAAAGAAAGAGACCUCAUUUGGCAGUUCUGAAAACAUCACCAUGUCAUCUCUCUCCAAAGGAACAGCCUUGGCGAGCGAGGAUGCUCUCCCAGAGACUCCCUUCGCAGCCUUCGCCAGCUUUAAAGACAUGAUGCCCCAGAGCAUUGAGCAGAAAGAGUGUGAAAAUGAGGACUACCAGGACUUCACAAGGCAGGACCUGCCCACAGCGGCACGGAGCCAUGAGACGGCAUGUCCAAGCCCGGCUUCCAGUGUCGCCUCUCACGAAACCCCCAGGGAGUGUGCAGACGACUUCGGAGAAUUUCAAAGCGAAAAGCCCAAAAUCAGCAAAUUUGACUUUUUAGUAGCCAAUUCACAAAGCAAAAUGAAGUCCAGUGAAGAAAUGAUCAAGAGUGAGCUGGCAACCUUUGACCUUUCUGUUCAAGGAUCACACAAGAGGAGCUUAAGCCUCGAGAUAAAGAAAUAAGCCGGUCCUCUCCUUCUCCGGCCUGGAGCAGCCUUUCAGAGACCGGUCCAACACUCUUGAGUGAGGAAGACUGCGCUGCCUGUCAUCCGAGACAAGUACAAAGACCUGACUGGCGAGGUGGAGGAAAACGAGAGGUACGCGUAUGAGUGGCAGAGAUGCCUGGGGAGCGCCCUGGAUGUCAUUAGAAAGCAAAUGACACCUUAAAUGGCAUUAGCAGCAGCGCUGUUUGCACGGAAGUCAUCCAGUCAGCCCAAGGCAUGGAG